AUGUCUCAACGUCUAUUCUCCGCCCUGAGAAAAGGAUCUCCCGCCCGACACUUCCUCAAAGACUUCUCCUACUGGGGCAUCGUCAUUGCAUCAUGGGUGCCCGCCGUCAUAUUCUUCAACGACCAUGUAGCCGAACUGCACACCAUCAACGGUGCUUCCAUGUAUCCAUUUUUGAAUACUGGAUCUCCCUAUAACCCAAACACCCUAGCAGUAAAACGCAUCAUAGCACUCGAAGGCGAUCGCGUCUACACACAUGCCCCAUAUCCCUACCCGAUAUCGGAUAUUCCGGCAGGACAUGUAUGGGUUGAGGGCGACAAUACGGGCGCGAUGAAAUCGCUGGAUAGUAAUCAUUAUGGGCCCAUAGCAGUGAAUCUGAUAACGGGGAAACCGACCUAUAUUUUGUGGCCGUGGAGUAGUGUGGGUGCUAUUAAGUGGGAGAGGUGGAAGGGAAGGACGAGGGUUGUGAGGGGGUGGAAUGGUGGGGGCUGA